AUGGAGUUUUUGGUUUUCCUGAUGAUGGUAACAGCCUGUGCUGCCAGACCUCAAGAUCUGACUGGUAAAAUGUUUACCUUCCCACAAGAAACCAACACAGCUCAUGUAAGACUGACAACAUCAAGACAGGUUUUCAGUGCUAUAACCGUCUGCUACAGGUCCUUUACAGAUGUUGAAAGAGCCCACGCUUUUUUCUCUUUGGCUACUCCAACUACUAUCAAUGGAUUCAUGAUUCAAAAGGGUAGUGCAAGCAAUGUGGUUGAAUUCUUUAUCCAGAAUAGUUGGGUAACUAUUGGCGGCCAGGACUACAAGCUGAAUAUAUGGCACUCUAUCUGUUCAACAUGGGACUCUGCGUCUGGACUGGUACAGCUGUGGUUAGAUGGAAAACCAUCCAAUAGGAAAUUCAUUAGCUCUGGAUCAAACAUCAACGGACCCAUUAUAAUUGUUUUAGGACAGGACCAGGAUUCUUAUGGUGGAGGAUUUGACAGUAAGCAGUCGUUUGUUGGCAUGAUGUCUGAUGUCCACGUUUGGGACUACAUCAUUUCCCCCUGUGAGAUAAAGAAAUACAUGGAGGGUCCAAAUUUCACCUCAGGAAAUGUGCUCAACUGGAAGGCGCUGGAGUUCCAGACCAGAGGAAGAGUUUUGGUAGAAGAUAAAGAGAUAAUCUGUAAAUAA